AUGAGAGAUCCAUAUCAAAUAGACAACUCCUGUGAAAAAAAGAAACUGAUGGUAUAUACCCGUACUGGCAUCGUAUCGCACUAUGUGCGACUCCAGAUUGUGGUGUCUGAAGCCUUUAUUUUGGGCUCUGGGGAGCACCAUGUUGACAUCGGCAGCGUUAUUCGUCUCAUCUGUAUCGUCGAAAAGAGUCCGACACCACCACAGUUCGUAUUCUGGUACCACAACGAUCGGAUGAUAAACUACGACGCGAUCCGUUGUGGGAUCAGCGUGGAGACGGAGCCGGGUGCCCGCACACAGUCGCGCCUCACCGUCCGCGGCGCCACGCUCAAGGACUCCGGCAACUACACCUGCAACGCCAGCAACACUGAACCGGCCUCUAUACAUGUGUUCAUCUCUGAAGGCAGCAACAAGAUGGCGGCGAUCUUGCGUCGCAAUACAAGCGCAAUACAUGGCAUCGCGAUGACUGUGAUAUUAAGCGAGCGGUAG